CCUUUUUUUUUCUUCUUCUUCUUUUUCGGUUUUUCUCUCAGUAUCAAAAUAACGUAAGAAGGAAGAGGAGGAGGAGGAGGAGGAGGAGGAGAAGUAGAGGAAGAGGACGCGGAGGGAGAAGAGGAAGGGGCUGAGAGUGAGUUUCUAUUUUUUUUGAAUCCGACGGGGGAUUUGGGUCAAGGGAUGGGAAUUCCGGUGGGAGGGAGUUGGUAGAGGGGGUGAUGGAUGGAGGAGGAUGACUGUUGAAUGGAAUUCGUUUGAUGCGAUGUCCAGAGCAGCGGUCGUGACUGAAGGAACCUCUCUGUCGUUGAAUCAGGAUGCCAUGUGGCAAAUGAACUUGGGAUCAGAUGAAGUAAUGGAACCUGCGUCCUAUCCUGAGCGUCCUGGAGAACCAGAUUGUUCUUAUUACAUCAGGACUGGCCUUUGUAGAUUUGGAGCAACAUGUCAUUUUAAUCAUCCUCCUAAUAGGAAUCUGGCAAUUGCUGCUGCAAGGAUGAAAGGAGAAUUCCCAGAAAGAAUAGGACAACCUGAAUGUCAGUACUACCUGAAGACAGGAACCUGCAAGUUUGGUCCUACAUGCAAGUUCCAUCAUCCCAAAGACAAGGCUGGGAUAGCUGGGAGAGUUUCUUUAAAUAUAUUGGGUUACCCUCUUCGCCCAAACGAGAUUGAAUGUGCUUAUUAUUUGAGAACUGGACAAUGUAAGUUUGGAAGCACUUGCAAAUUUCAUCACCCUCAGCCAAAUAAUAUGAUGGUUUCAUUGCAUGGCUCUCCUGCUUAUCCCACUGUCCAAUCACCUACUACCCCUGGUCAGCAGUCAUAUCCAGGAGGGAUUACAAAUUGGUCAAGAGCUUCUUUUAUUCCCAGCCCAAGGUGGCAAGGUCCUUCCAGUUAUGCACCUUUGAUUUUACCUCAAGGGAUGCUAUCACUUCCAGCGUGGAAUGCAUACAGUGGUCAAUUGGCAUCUGUUUCUUCUUCAGAGAACCUGCAGCAAGUUGCUGGAAACAAUCAAAUAUAUGGAGCCCCACUCCAAAAUGAAUCAGCUACUGCUGGAUCCCAAGGGUCCUUUUCUCCAUUCCGAUCUGGAUCUGUCCCUGUUGGGUUUUAUGCCUUGCAAAGGGAGAAUGUAUUUCCUGAGAGACCCGGUCAGCCUAACUGCCAAUUUUACAUGAAGACUGGAGAUUGUAAGUUUGGUGCGGUUUGCAGAUUUCACCAUCCAAGUGAGAGAGUUCUUCCUGCUCCAGAUUGUGCCUUGAGUCCUAUAGGUCUCCCUUUGCGUUCGGGAGAACCUGUGUGCAUUUUCUACUCUCGAUAUGGUAUCUGCAAAUUUGGUCCUAGUUGCAAGUUUAACCACCCUAUGGGAAUUUUUACAUACAGUUACUCUCCAUCAUCUCCAGCUGAUGCCCCUGUUAGGCGUUUCUUGGGGUCAUCUUCAGAAACUACAGGAUUAAAUUUUUCAUCAGAGGGGCUUGAAACAGGCUCUGCAAAGCCCAGGCGACUAUCGUUGUCAGAGCCUAGACAAAUAUCUUCUGGUGAUGAUGACAUUGACACAGAGUGAUAAACACUGCAACAAGCUAGGGCCAGUGAGAAUUUUCAGUCUUUUGGAGGAAGAUUAAUCUAUAAAUUCAUUUCCAUUUGUUGGAAAUGCACAGAAUUCAUGUCAAGUUGAUUCUGUUCUCUUAAAUGCAAUUCAGUCAACAGAUGAAUCUUUUGAAUUUCAUUGCUGCUUUGUAUAAAGUCAGAAAAUAUUGUCACAUUUUGUAAUCCCAAUGUGAACAAUGCAUCUGUCCCAGUUCUCUUUUGUUUUUUCUUCUAUUUUCCCCCCGAUUUUUUUGUGGUAGAUUCCCCCAAGAUUAUGGUAUAAAUUGCAUUUCUUAUGCAGUUUUACAUUUUCAAACAGGUGUUGGGUGAAUCUUCAUCUGGAAGCUGUGGUUUGAAAUUUCUAGUCUAGUCCUCUAAUUUAACUUUCGGUUCAUUUAUACUUAUACUUGCUUUGAAUUCUUGCAGAAUCAGAACUGCCAUCAGCAGCAGUAUCAUUCUUCCUCGUCCUCUCCUUUGAUCAGACAUCUGUGGACAUUCCUAUUAUAUGCUAUGAAUCCUGCAGACUUUUCUAGACUCGCAGGCGAUCUCUCUUAAAUAUAAGAUGAUUCUACGGGGUUGAAGUUUUAUGUUGCAUGCCACAAUAAAAUCUGGCUUAGUAUUGUACUUCUCUUGGAGGCUUCAGAGAACAGGAAAUGCCGAGGUAUUCUUUCAGUACACUUUCUAGUUCUUUAGUGAAGAUCCCUGAAGAAAUCCAUAUCAAGUACAAUGAAAUCAGAAGAAGUUAUAUUGUAUCAUUUCUGAUCAUAAAAUUGGAUUUGUAAUCAUAUGAAACCUUUAGAACACUAUAUCUUAAAAAGUUUUGCACUGAUCUGCUGCCUGCUGGAUCAAAUAUGUCAUUUUAAAAGUGAUAUUCUAAAGAAUGCUGUAAAAGUAGACAAGAGAUUAAGAUUGUCGUCUUUCAUUUUCUUUGGUUGCGACAAUUCAUGUCAGUGAGACAAUGAAACUUGAAGAGAGCAAGAGCUUCAUCUUGUCAAGGUGGAAGCAGCAGAUUCAAGCUAUGGAUCCAAUAAAAUGAAAAUUCAACUCCAUUAAGUGUCUAUGGAUUUGGAGGAGGGAAAGGACUGGAGUAAAAAAGAUAAUGGUGGUCACUUGCAGACUGGUGUCAAAUUAAGUCGAACUGAAUUGCCUUUGCAGCAGAGGUAAUAACAAGAAUUCAUGAAUACCUUCUUUCUUUCUAGCUGAUAAAUGCUCCAUCAUGAAUUUUGUAACUUGGAUUGUGCUAAAAUGGUUCCCUAAGGUAGAGACAACAUUGCCAUUUGAUAUUUAGGUGCUCCCUCUCCUUUUGAUAAAAAGCUUAUAGAUGUUCUCUACCUUCCUCAGAAUGGUAUUUAUUUGU